ACUGCGGGCACCGAGUCAACUGGCGGAACAGCGGGCACCGAGUCGUCUGGCAAGACUGCGGGCACCGAGCCAACUGGCGGAACAGCAGGCUUCGAGUCGUCUGGCAAGACUGCGGGCACCGAGUCGUCUGGCGGAACAGCGGGCACCGAGUCGUCUGGCAAGACAGUGGGCUCCGAGUCAACAGGCACGACAGUGGGCACCGGGUCAUCAGGUAUCGGAUUGUCUGGCUCGACAGCGGGCAUCGGGUCACCAGGCAUCAGGUCAUUCGGCUUGCCAGCGGGCACCGCGUCAUCUGGCAAGGCAGUGGGCACCGGGUCACCAGGUAUGACAGCGGGCUCUGAGUCAAUUGGCACGAUAGCGGGCACUGGAUCAGGUACCGGAUCAUCUGGAUCAACAGCGGGCAUCGAGUCAACUGGC